GCCUGCUCAAUGCUGCACCAGAGCAUGAGCACACAGCCUUCAGCAGCAGCACUGGGGUACUGAAUGGAGGGUAAGGGGUCACUCCCAGCCAUUUGCGGUGAUCAGGAACAUGUACAAAUUGAAUACAUCUCAAAAAAAAUAGGAGUAGAGGAGCAUUCAGGGAGACCUAAUUCUGCACAUUCAGUAGCAAUAUAGUCACUCUGGACUCCUCUGUGAGGAGACCUAUGCAGCGAGCCAGGAUGCAAAUUUACAAAACACUGACUCUGUAAUGAGAUACUUAAAGCAAACUAAACUGUAAGCUUCUAGUUCCUGUUAACUGAACAACAAUGUAAUUUAUCGGAGACAUCUACCUCACACAGCAGAACAGGAUCUGGUAAAGUGCAUGCAACAGAAAGUUUGGAAGCAGAGAUGUACAACCUAAAGCUGUCAGCUUUCUUCAUUGCACUUUCUGUCACUCUGAGCUGUUUGGAAGCUACACCUAUUGAGAAAUUACUAUCUGUGGCUGAUGAUCUCUCUGAUGGUACUUCCAAGAGACAAGGAUGGAUAUUGCCAGUAAUAUCACAGAAUACACUCUCAGGACUUAGUGAGGAAAUGCCAGAACAACCAGCAGCAAAGACAAAAAGUAGUCACCACCUAGAGAAACGGAAAUGCAACACCGCUACAUGUGUGACACAACGCUUGGCUGACUUUUUAGUUCGUUCCAGCAACAGCAUCGGAGCAAUUUAUUCACCUACAAAUGUGGGGUCCAAUACAUAUGGAAAGAGGGACACAGUUGGGCUUUUAAGCAGAGAACCCCAAGACAAUGCACAGCUUUAGGGUGUUAAAAUGACUACUGAUACAGUUUUCAUUAGGAGCUCAGUUUUUAAUGUAUCAAUAACCUUUUAGUCAUUUAUUACUUGUACAGUCUUAACAGUGCCUUGUUUUCUGUGUGUG